UAUUAUCGAAUGAGAAAUUUGUCUUACCAUUGGAGGUCAAAAGGUUGUGGCUACUCGUCGCCUCAAUAGUGUCUCCAAUGAAUGUGAUGACAACCUUAGGAUAUCAUGAACGACUCAAAGGCGGGAAAUAGAUUUGAACGUGCAUGUAAGAUCUUACAUCAUCGCAAGCAAAUACUCUUGAUAUAAACCUCAACAAUUCUUAAAAGUCCGCGGUCCCAUAUGUCAACAACACAUGGAAACCAUGCGAAACUGGCAUCUAAAUACCAUGGCCGGUGGUCCAGGUAUAACACAACAUCUACGAAUCAAUUAUCCAAGGAAUUUUGUCAAAAUUGCUCCUACUGUUAAGAGGUCCGUGAAUCUUGCUAACAAGGCAAUAGAAUUUGAGAAUUCCGUAGAAUGCACUUGACCCAUUAAGGUAUGAGCACUUUGAGGUAAAGUGAAGCUAAUCGGUACUCCCACAUACUUAAAAACAACAAUCCAGAGACAAUCCAAGAAAAAACAUCGAAAGGCCCUCCACGUUGAGACAAUAUCCAGAAUGAUCUCGCUGCGGAAUGUUUUCGGAAAACUUAGGUUAAACGCUCGAACUGAUAUCGUUGCUGAAGCAAAAGAGAAGUCAAUCGCAUCGCCACUAUUUCGCCUUCCACCAGAAAUAAUAUCAUCGAUAGCGAGCAUGCUUCCAACACCGUCUGUUGCAUGUCUUGCUAUCUGUAACCGCCGUAUGUAUCAUACACUUGGGCCCGACUCCUGGAAGUCUUUAAAAAGUGAAGCACCUGAUGUCUUGUUCGCAUUUCUGUCAUUGUUAGCGAAAGACCUUCCUGAGCACUUCGUAUGUCAAGAUUGUACCUGCAUUCAUCGAAUAAGUGGGAUUAAAUGGCCCCGCAUAAUCAAACACCGCUCCGGCCCUCCUUGUACUUGGGAUAGUUUAGGCUAUGAUGUUUUAUUUUUUUCGCGGUUUCGAAUAUAUUUUCCUCACAUCCAGCUGGCAAUAAGGCAACAUUUACACGGUACCGAUAUUGGAUUUCCUCUUGAAGCCUUUCGAUUCGUAGAGGUUGAACACGAUCAGUACAAGCAGAAAGUUGGCUUGUUGUCUGCCGAUGCCCAGAUUGUCUCGAAUGAGUUUUUGAUGCGGUCUCAAACAUGGAUUCUACUCCCACGAACCUCACACGACGAAUUCAUCGGCAAGUUAGCUGAGGACAGACCUUCCACUGAUAUAUGUAUACAUACAAGACUAGGCUCUUGUGUGGAAAAUCGAGUAUCAAAUUUGGUGAGAUCUAGACUCGACCCGCGAGGAGGGACUCGAGAAAAAUGUCUUGCACAAACAUUGCAAUGUUCUUAUUGUUACAUGGACUUUGUGUUUCAUGUAAUAGAUUUUGGAGGGCGGGGGCUUGCGGUAGUUAUCACAAGAUGGGUCAAUCUGGGUGCUGGGCUAGACAUCAAAGAUGCGAAAUGGAAAAGCCAUAUCACCACACGCACGGAUAGUGGUGUUCAUCACCCACACCAUCCAGGAGAUAUUCGAAAAGCCUUUGAAGGUCAGGAAGAUUUGUCCGUAGAAGAGCUCACUCUUGAUAAUCAAAUGAGACUGUUCUCGAGGAGAAAAAAUCGAUUGAUUUAUCGAGGGUCGGAUGGCCUUGUCUGGAAAUGGGAUCAAUGCCAGCGCUGGUACCUAGCUCCCUCCGGACGACCUGAAAUGAGCUUUCUGGAGUUUUUGAGGAGGCCGUAGAUGCAGAUGGAAGAUGAUACCUUGCAACUGGUGGCAUUUCUAAGAGUGUAUACUGCAAUUGAGGAUGGGAUGUGUGUCUAAUUUUGGGCACAAAUUUAUCCUGUAUGUAAGAUAGGGAUGUAUUACAAGCUUCUCUUACAGUUUAAUGUGUGGAAUAUGAAUCAGAUAUGAGAUGGAUAGUA